AUGUUGUUACUUUCCCUGACUUCUGACUACUUUUUGAUUGUAAAAGCUGAAACACCUAAUGUAGACUCCGAGAACUAUAUAUAUUUCAACGUGAGUGGAUGUCUCGCCUUCUUUGCCCGGAGAAUUGAUGUAAUUAUAGCAGAUAACCCAAGUGUUAACUUCACGAUAAAGCCGGUACUUACUGGCGGCAAUUGUGGCAAUGGCAACAUGUCAAGUCUCAGUUUCAGUGCGAAUACUUCCUCUGUGGUUCUUCCAGCCGUCGAUUUUUCGUUCCAAUUUGCUUCUUAUCAAAAUGGAUACUGGGGUCUAGAUUCAUCAAAAGCUAUGUAUAAUGCUACUACGUAUAAGCUUGCAAUGGAGUGGCCACAGUCACCUAUUUCCAUGGGCUUCAAGUGUUCUAACAUGGCACAAAUAGUUGCUUUAAAUUCGACUCCUCGUGUUGAAUUUUCUUUCACAGGUCUGCAGGUUCAACCCUUCGGUAUAUCAGAUGGUAUCUUUACGGAGGCUACUGAUUGCAUUGGGUUCCUCAGUUCCGAAAUUCUUUCAAGCCUACUUGUUACCUUCCUUCUCCUUGGAAUUUUCACGUAUGGUCUUGUCAUGGUGAUGGGUAUCCAAACAAACGAUUCAUUCGACGACCCCAAGCACAAAGUGACUCAAAUAUUCGGCACCACUGACUAA